AUGCUGGCUGCCAAUACCAAUAUGUUGCAUCCCAGAAAAAUUGUGCUAGCAACAAAUAUUGCUGAGAGCAGCAUCACCAUAGAUGAUGUUGUGUAUGUCGUAGACUGCGGUAAAGCAAAGGAAACCAGCUAUGACGCUCUAAACAAGCUUGCCUGCUUGUUGCCAUCAUGGAUUUCAAAGGCUUCUGCACGUCAGAGACGUGGACGUGCUGGUCGAGUACAACCUGGAGUUUGUUAUAGACUGUAUCCAAAACUGAUCCACGAUGCUAUGCCAGAGUAUCAGUUACCUGAAAUCCUCCGAACACCUUUGCAAGAAUUGUGCCUGCACAUUAAAAGCUUGCAGCUGGGAACUGUGGCAUCAUUUUUAGGAAAGGCACUUCAGCCGCCGGAUUCACUUGCUGUUCAAAAUGCUAUAGAACUUCUGAAGACAAUUGGGGCAUUAGAUGACAAGGAGGAGCUUACUCCAUUGGGGCGGCAUCUUUGUACUGUACCUUUGGACCCUAAUAUAGGGAAGAUGCUUCUCAUGGGCUCUAUCUUUCAGUGCCUUAGUCCUGCCUUAACUAUUGCUGCUGCUCUUGCUUACCGUAACCCAUUUGUCCUACCUAUAAACAGAAAAGAGGAAGCUGAUGCAGCAAAAAGAUAUUUUUCUGGCGAUUCUUGCAGUGAUCAUAUAGCCCUUCUUAAAGCUUUUGAAGGAUGGAAGGAGGCAAAAAGUAGGGGGGCUGAAAAGGAAUUUUGUUGGGAAAAUUUCUUAUCCCCGGUGACCUUGCGGUUGAUUGAUGAUAUGAGAACGCAAUUUCUCAACUUAUUAUCUGGCAUUGGAUUUGUUGACAAGUCGAAGGGUGUCCAUGCUUACAACCAGUACAGUCAUGAUUUGGAGAUGGUUUGUGCAAUUCUUUGUGCUGGGCUCUACCCUAAUGUUGUGCAGUGCAAAAGAAGAGGAAAGCGGACAGCAUUCUACACUAAAGAAGUUGGGAAGGUUGACAUCCAUCCCUCUUCUGUAAAUGCUGGGAUUCAUCUCUUCCCUCUACCUUACUUGGUAUAUAGUGAAAAAGUUAAAACAUCCAGCAUCUAUAUUCGAGACUCUACCAACAUUUCAGAUUAUGCACUACUUCUGUUUGGUGGUAAUCUCGACCCUAGCCAAAACGGUGAGGGCAUUGAGAUGCUUGGAGGUUACCUUCAUUUCUCUGCUUCCAAGAGUGUCAUUGAGUUGAUUAAGAAAUUACGAGGGCAGCUUGACAAGCUUCUGAACAGAAAAAUUGAAGAACCGGGGUUUGACAUUUCUGGUGAAGGAGAAGUAGUGGUUGCUGCUGCUGUUGAAUUGCUUCACAAUCAAAACAUGCGAUAG